AUGAGUUACAGUCACCAAACAACGUCCAAUGUAUUGGGAGAAUCUGAUAUUAAACACCUCAAUUUGCUUCCAUAUGAGGUCCUCUCAAAGAUUUUCAAGCUUUGUGAUAUAAAAAGUAAGACCUCAUUGUUGCAGAUCUAUAAUCAGACCAAUAACGGAUUUUGGAAAGAACUAAUUGGCAGCACCAUUUUUUCUUCAAUAUCUAUAAAUUAUACAUAUUAUAAACAGAAAGAAUGUCCUAUCGAUUUGAGGAAUCAGCUAGUCUUUGGAAUUGAGGAUUUGGUGGAACUAAAAGAGGUGGCGAAGUUUGUCGAGUCAGUUGAUUUUGAUAUUGAAAACAUUGGGUUUUGUGAGUUUGAGGAUGAAGAUUUUAAAAAAAGAUCAAUAGAGCUUGAAAAUGCCGUAAAGAAGAUCAAUAUUAUUGUUAAUGAUAUGUCAAAGUUGAAACGAGCAAAAAUUCCGGGUUAUCCGGACAUCAAGAUCAAUAACCCAUUAAGAGAGUUACGCAUUGUGUACAAUUCAACAAGUUUUAAAACGUUUUUUUUGGAAGGAUUCAACUGCACAAGGUUGCAGAAAUUAGCAAUUCAUUUAUAUUUUAAUGAUAAAUUUGACGAAAUUCCCUUUGCUGAUACAUUUCCCAGUUUGGAAGACUUUCAAAUGGAAUGUGAUGACAAAAGAAAACCUUUAGAUCUCAAAUUUCUAAAGGCUCCUAAAUUGAAGCGAAUCAAUGUUGCAUCAAAGACCCCAGUCAAGCAUUUUUCAAGUGAACGGUAUCCGGAAUUAGAGUUCUUUAACUGUAUAUCAGAAGGAGUUGACUUGAAACACUGUGCAGGGUUCAAAAAAUUGAAAGAUGCUUCGUUUUGGGUACCGAAAAUGGAUGAUCUUUCAGUGAUUGGACACUGGAAAAAUUUGAGAUCUUUAAGCAUUAAGCUAAAAGAAUUGCCGUCAAAUAUUCCAUCUUGGAAUUUGAAAAAUUUGAAGCGUCUAACUCUCUAUAUUUCUGGCCUUCGCACAACUGAGAAUUUGGAAAACUUGACAAACUUGGAGUCCUUGAAAUUAAUUAGCAAUGUCCUCUCUAAUCUCAACGGAUUGGAUAAUAUGGUUAAUUUGAAAAUAUUGGAAGCAUCGUUCAGUGAUAUUACAAAAAUCGAUUGUGAUUUCAGCAAGUUGGUAAAUUUGCAAGAUCUCAAUUUGCGAAUCAAUCAAAUAUCUUCGUUCGAAAAUAUCAGCUCAUUUCCCAAGUUGCGAUUUUUGGACCUUAGUAAAAACAAUUUACAGAGUAUUGAUCAAGCUUUGAACUAUCCUUCAUUGGAAAAUCUUAAUCUAAGCUUUAACUCACUCCAAAAACUUGAGAAUUUUGAAGCCUUGACAAGUUUGAAGAAAUUUGAUGCCAUGAAUAAUCAAAUAGCUGAAAUCAAUAGUACGUUUACAAAUUUCAAUCAAUUGGAGAAGCUAGAUUUAAGCUGGAACUCCAUAAAAUCAAUGAAGGCAUUUCAAUCAGUUUCAAACUUGAAAAUAUUGAAUCUUGCGAGAAAUAAAAUAUCCAGAGUUGAUGUGGAUGAAUUAGAUUUGCCUAGAUUGGAGAGGCUAGACUUGAGUGGUAAUGAAUUGACUAUGAUUGGUAAUUUGAAACUACCUGCUUUGAGGGAAUUGAAUCUUGCCUGUAACAGAAUUACAAAGAUUGAAACAAAUUUGAAACUACCUGCUUUGAGGGAAUUGACUCUUGCCUAUAACAGAAUUACAAAGAUUGAAACAAAUUUGAGCGAAUUGUUAAACUUGGAAAAGCUACACUUGUGCAACAAUAAGAUCAAAUCGUUUAAAAAUAUCAACGCCAUUCCAAAUCUCCUCAUUUUGAACCUAUUCAAUAAUGAAUUGGAAUCUAUUGAUCUUCCAUUGGAUUUUCCUCGUCUUUUGAACUUCCACCUUGGAAGGAACUCGCUUACUUCCUGGAAUAUAGAAUCCCAAAAUUUGCCAUCAUUGGAAAACUUAGACUUAUCUGAAAACAAGUUUGUUCUGUUGGAACAGAUUGCUGAAGCCUGCACAAUUCCGGGAUUAAAAAACUUGGAUAUCGGGAAAAAUAAUAUCCCAGGACUCACCAAGCUUUCUCAGAUGCUGUAUGUUGAGGAUUCAGAUGAGGCUAAACAAUGUUCCAAUAAUAAUAUCGUGUCGUUUUUUGAAAUGAUGUUGAAAGUUAAUCCCAAGUUGUUUAUUAGACAUGAUAAAGGCAUCAACAAUAAUUUUUACCCUCAGGAAAAAAACCCUCGGGAAAAUUUUACUGGUGCUCAUGAUGGUACAAACUACCUACAAUUUUUGUAA